GGGGCUGCGCGGCGCGGGAGGAAUGCACGCUGCAGGUGUGCGUCUUACCGCGCUGCUCCGGGGGACGGGCGGCCCCCGGGAGGGCGGAGCUCAGCUGCUGUCGAAAUACGGAAAGAAAGAGGAAGGUAAAAAAACCGAAACGAUCACAUGCUAGGAAUUAGGAGGGGAAAAAAAGUGGAUUAAGAGAGAGCGGUGUCUGGCCGUCGCCUCGGGCCCCGCAUCGCCCACACCUCGAACGUAAAGCAGACCCGGCCGUGCUGGGAGAGUUCAGAGAAGGGCACCUGAGAGUCCGACAGCAAAGAACGGGAUUUGCUACAGCGGCUUGAUUUAAACGGGGCGAAAGAGGAGCUAGGGGCAUGCGUGCAGUUACGCUGCUGGUUACACGGAGCCGAGGAGCUGCUCCUGGGACCGGAUCGGAUCCUUCAACCGCACCUUCUCCAGAGCCGCCCGCAGCUGCCGGCCGGGUUUCCAGCAGCACUGCAGUGCUCAGCGCCGGCGGUGGGGCUGCUCUGCUUCCGUGCGGCGAGCUGUGCUCCCAAAGGCAUCUCAUCCCGUUUGGGCAGAGCUGCUUCAUCUGCAGUGGGUGAAGAAGUAUCAGCAAACCCGCGAACUAUUUUCUUGUGAAGGGUUCACGGGUUUUACUCCUAAAAACACCCCCCAAACAACAACGACCACCAAAACAAAACAAAAAACAAAACUCGCAAAGCAGUUCUUUCAGAGGUGUGCUGUUUCAGCCCCCAAACCAAAACUAGGCAUAAUGCCAGGAGUGUUUGCUCGAGGCAGGGACACCGAGUCAGGAAUCCAUCUUUUGAGGUCAACCUGAAGCAGCCGCUUUCUCCUCUCCUCGCCGGGCCACACCGUCUCCAGCCUCCUCGCUCAUCAGAGAAGGACGUUAUCAUUCCUGAGGAGCGCAGCACCUCUGUCGUUCAGAUCGUGUCCGUCAAUCCCCUGACCACGGGCUUUGCCCAGAUUUCGGCUCGCCAGCGGCCGAAACCCCGCCGCUCGGAGCUGUAUUUUCUGCCCGCAGCCGAAGCAGCGCUGGCACAUGGCAGCCUCGCCAGGGAGGUUUCUCCCAGGCCCCAACCCCCCCGCGCAGCGCUGCCGGCGGCUCCACGCCCCCUCCUCUCGGCCCCCCCCCCGUCCCCCCCCCGUUCCUCCCGCAGUUUCUGCUCCGGUGGGGGCACGGCUCGGGCAGGCGGCGCUGCGCAGGGCCCCCGCCGGGAGCCCCUUCCUUGCAUCAAAGAAUACAAAUUCAACAGCGACAGGAGGCGAAGGAAGGAGGGAGCGGCGCCCGAGCGGAGCCGGCUGCCCCGCGGCCCUAUCGGUUCGCUUGCACCCCCUCCGGCACUGCCCGUCCGAUUGUUUUCCAAACGGCCGAAGUUUAACGGCAUUAUCAUGUCAAUGGGCUCGGAGAGGCUCGAAGCAGGACCGCGCCGCGGGCAGCCCCGCCAUGUCGGACAGCGACCUCGGGGAGGACGACGGCGCCGCGGCUCUGGACCCGUCGCAGUCGAACAAGAGGAAGAGAAGGGGCAACCUGCCCAAGGAGUCCGUGCGGAUCCUGCGGGAAUGGCUGUACGAGCACCGCUUCAACGCGUACCCCUCGGAGCAGGAGAAGCUCAGCCUCUCGGGGCAGACCAGCCUCUCCGUGCUGCAGAUCUGCAACUGGUUCAUCAACGCCCGGCGGCGGCUGCUCCCUGACAUGCUGCGCAAGGAUGGGAAGGACCCCAACCAGUUCACCAUCUCUCGCCGAGGGGGCAAGGCUGGCGACGUGACCCUGCCGCGGGGGGCUGCCGCUGGCUCUGGAAUGCUGGUGGUUCCUCCUGUGACGGCAGGGGGGGCUGCCAAGGUGCUGCCAAUAUCCAUGUGCCCGCAGGUACUGUGCCAUCCCACCCAGGCGCUAGGUGGCAACCUGGCGGUGCUGGGUGCCCACAGCCCCGAGCGGGAGAAGCAGCCCGGCCUGCAGCGAGUGGAGCCAGACCCCCACCCCAAAGCUCCACCAGGUGCCGCCGGCAGCACUGUGGCCCUGCUGGCGCGUGCCGAGGCCGCCAGCCCCACCAGCGGACUCUUCAACACGCCGCCCCCCACGCCCCCUGAGCUCUUCGGUGACGACUUCAGCAGCUUCCAGCUGCUGGUGGAGGUGGCGCUGCAGAAGGCGGCCGAGCUGGAAUCACAGCGGCAGGGCGGGCAGCUGCCCCUCUCACCUCAGACUGAGCCCCCGGGCGCCUCUGUCGCCAAAUAGCCCCCGGUCCGGGUCCUGCGGGGUGCCCUUCCUCGGGGGUGCCCAACCUCCAGUCUUCUGCCACCCACGGGGCCCCUUUUCUCUGGCCUCAGGAGCCUGUGACCACCUGCACCCCCACACAGCUCAUCUCAGAAGCAGACCUGUGCAUCCCCAUACCUCUGCUGGCCAAGGGGGUGAGGAGAGGAGAGGAAGGGCUGUCUCGCCCCAUCCGGGGGAGAUGCCUGCCACCACGGAGCUCCCGCUGGGGACGGGGCCCUGGGCACCGGGACCAGACCUCUAUGGCCAAGAGACCUCUCCUUGCCAUGACCGAUGGUCGCUGUGCGAAGCCACGGAACUCCCUCGGAAAACCUGCUGACUUCUUUUUCUCGUUCCUGGAAACAAGGGUCCAGCCAACACCACUUUUUCAGGGAGAAGAAGAGAGAAUAUAUAUAUUUUUUAAGUUCGUGUCUGUUUUAAGGAUUGUGGAUGAAGUUCUUUGUCCUCCCAGAUGUCUCUGAUCCUCUUUGUACCUUUCUCCAGUUUUUGCAGAGGGCCGUUGGAGUGCCCUGUGUCGGCCAGGAGCCACAUCCUGCCUGGGGAAGGGCAGGGGACGGGCGAACUGGGAACUUGAAGCCUGUGACAAAUGUGGGACCCUCAUCUUCUGCCUUAGGGUGUGACAGAUGCUGCCAGUAGAAAUCUUGAUGGUGCUGUUUAGCAGUUGUUUUUUGGUUUUAUUAUUUUUGUUGCUGUUGAAACCUUUUCCCUUUAAUUGUGAUUUAUGGUUUUUGGUUUCUUUUUUUUAUUUUAAAUUUCUUCAACAAACAUUUCCAUGAUUUCCCCGCGUUUCUCUCAUGUUCCUGCUGAAGAUGUGCACGCUGUCCUGGAGCAGAGGGCAUGCUGCAGAGCUUGAGGAGCACCGACUGCAGGCUGCUGCAAGGGGCGGAUGCGAAGCCAACUGUGAAAUUUUUGUAUCCAAGGUUUUUGUUUUUAUUUUUAUUUUUUCAAAUAACAUUUGGAAAGAAGCGUGUUGGGCAGCCCAACACAACGCAGCCCAAGUGGUCCUCUGCAGGUGCACUGCUCACAGCCUGUGCACCACUGUCCCUGGAAAGCAGCCGAACGCUGGUGAGAUGCUUUGGGGGGGGGGGCGAGUCCUGCUGCUCCCCACUGCCCCCCCAGCCUUCCAACAGCACAGUGGGUGCUGGUGGUCUCCAGCAAGAGUUGGUGCCUGGGGGAGCCCUGGCACGGCAGAGCUUGCUGGCGCUGGGGCUGUUUUGGGUCAUGGGCAGCUUCUCCUGGGCAUCGCGUUCUGUGCUGGAGUGAGAGCCUGGGCACUGCAGGGGUCCGGGGACUGAGCUAUUGCUGUUUCACUGUACAUUGAAAGUUAAAUAGUGACACGUACACACCUAUGUUAUCUAUCCUGAAAAACACUAAUCGUAGGUUAUUAGCCUGAUGUUAAGUUGCGUGACUAGAGAUAAUGUCCACAGGACCUGGUGUUCUGCAGCAGAUGGAGCCUGGGGAGAGCACUGGCUUGGGGGGUUGUUUUUUGCCUCUUUUCUUGUUUGGAGGAAAGGUGACAGGAGAGGAAGGAGAGCUCCCAAGUGCUGAGGGGCUGGGGAUGGUUUGCCAGCAGUGCAUUGCAUUGGCUGAGUGCCCUUCUGCAGUGGGGGGCCAAGCAUCAGUGGUCCCCAGCCAGGCACGGGCACCAGUGCAGUGCUGUGGGUCUGAUGCUCACCAUGCAGUUACAAGCAUCACCUUGCUGAGCUCCCCGGGCUCUGGUUCUGUCCAGCUUUUGCCCUGUCCCUCCUUUCUGGGGAAAGCCCUGAACUUUAGGACUGCCUUCCUUAUUUGUAGGUAGCCCUUCUCCCCAGUGCUGUCCCCCUUGGCAGGGAGAGGCUUUUCCCUCACCUCCCCUUAUUUUUGCCUCAGUCAAACCAAAGUGGGGACGAGCAGUGCUGCUGCAGUGGGGGCCAGGAGCACUGCAGCUGUGCCCGUGAGACAGAUUGGUAUUGAUGGAAUGGUAUUGCCGCCCCGGGGAUGGACCUGAAAGAAUCUGGGGGGUUGGAGGGAGAGGGGUGGGAUUUUUGGAAUUAAAGUUUGGAGCAAAAAACUACUGUAAAUAUAUUUUUGUUUGUUCUUCUGUUGUCAAAUAAAAGUUUUUGUUUUGUUUCUUUUUUUAAAUACGA